UGAACGGACACAGUUGCAAACGUCUUGUUCACUUCCGUGUGGCUUUUUUUUUUUUUCCUAAAAUUAAAAGCAAGCUAUCAUGAGGCUGACACAUAUAUAAACGCGUCAGCCUUUUUUGUCUUCUUUUUUUUUUUUUAUCAGUCGUUAGCUGUAGUUAACAUGAUACAACUGAAACACAUCGUUGUCGACACCAAUGGUUUUCAGUCAUGUAGCGGCAGUAGCUAGCUAGGUACUAGCUAACUACACAAGUCAUCAGUCAUCAGGCAAUAUUACUGGAGCUAAAAUUUGAGGAGCCGUAUGUGUCUUGUUUCCUGAACACGCCGAAGAGAUAAGCUAAACGGCAAGAGAGAGAGAUCUGUGGAUGUUAAGAGAAAAUGGUCAAGACCUCUUUGGCGCUGGUCCCUGGGGCUGUCGUGAUGUCGGAGCCCAAGGCUUCCAGUCCGUCAUCGGGAGGCACAUACAAAGGGUGGCUUUUCAAGUGGACGAAUUACAUCAAGGGCUACCAGCGACGGUGGUUUGUCUUGAGCAAUGGCUUGCUGUCGUACUACAGGACGCAGGCAGAGAUGGGACACACUUGCCGCGGCACCAUUAACCUGGCGACGGCGAACAUUGUGGUGGAGGACUCGUGCAACUUUGUCAUCUCGAAUGGCGGCACGCAGACCUACCACCUGAAGGCCAGCUCGGAGGUGGAGAGACAGAGCUGGAUCACAGCCCUGGAGCUGGCCAAGGCCAAGGCCAUGCGCAUGCAGGCUGAGUCUGAUGAUUCGGCAGACGACUACUCAACGUCCUCGCCCCCCGGGUCAGGACAGGGCAGGGGGGCGCGGUGUUCGGAGGUUCAGUCCACACUGCGAACCCUGGGCAACAAGGUGGAGGACCUGAGUACCUGCAACGACCUCAUCGCCAAGCACGGGUCCGCCCUGCAGAGGUCUCUGUCAGAACUGGAGGGCUUGCGGCUCGGGGCAGACACAGGGGACAAGGUUCGGCAGGUGACGGAGAGAGCCACGCUGUUCCGCAUCACGUCCAACGCCAUGAUCAAUGCAUCCCGGGACUUCCUGGGGCUGGCGCAGGCCCACAGUAAGCGCUGGCAGAGGGCCCUGCAGGCAGAGAGGGAGCAGAGGGUUCGGCUGGAGGAGACCCUGGAGCAGCUGGCCAAGCAGCACAACACCCUGGAGAGGGCCUUCAGAGGGGCCACCGUGCUGCCGGCCUCCCAGGGGAACUCGGCCACCAACAGCCAGGGCAACUCCCCUGUCAAAGGCGACAUGAGCGAUGAAGAUGAGGAGAAUGAGUUUUUCGAUGCCGUGGAAGACGCGCCACAGUUCAUCACCGUACCGGCUGACCCCAAGUACCAUAGGAGAUCAGGCAGUAAUGUAAGUGGUUUCAGCAAUGAAAUUGGAAUGGAUGACCAGUCGCUUGACGAGCAGUCGCUGGUGUUCAAUCCGGAGUCUUCACAGCCUCAGGAGGCGGAGCCGGAAAAAAAGAGGAGGACUCGCAUCCCCGAAAAACCAAACUACUCCCUCAACCUGUGGAGCAUCAUGAAGAACUGCAUCGGCAAGGAGCUGUCCAAAAUCCCCAUGCCUGUGAACUUCAACGAGCCCAUCUCCAUGCUGCAGCGGCUGUCGGAGGACCUGGAGUACUGCGAGCUGCUGGACCGGGGCGCCCGCUGCCAGAGCUCGCUGGAGCAGCUGUGCUACGUGGCGGCCUUCAGCGUGUCGUCCUACUCCACCACCGUGCACCGCACCGGCAAGCCCUUCAACCCCCUGCUGGGGGAGACCUUUGAGCUGGACCGGGUGCGGGAGAGCGGGUACCGCUCCCUGUGCGAGCAGGUCAGCCACCACCCUCCAGCUGCAGCGCACCAUGUGAUCUCAGAGCGGGGCUGGACCCUGAGGCAGGAGAUCACCCUGGCCAGCAAGUUUAGGGGGAAAUACCUGUCAAUCAUGCCUCUGGGUACAAUUCACUGCAUAUUUGGGAAAAGUGACAAUCACUAUACCUGGAAAAAGGUCACAACCACGGUUCAUAACAUCAUUGUGGGGAAGCUCUGGAUUGACCAGUCAGGAGAGAUCGACAUCGUGAAUCACCAGACAGGAGACCGCUGCCACCUCAAGUUCGCCCCGUACAGCUACUUCUCCCGAGACGUGGCCAGGAAGGUGACGGGGGUGGUGACGGAUAAGGAGGGGACAGCUCACUACGUCCUGUCGGGGACGUGGGAUGAGAAGAUGGAGUUCUCCCGGGUGAUGCAGAGCAGCAGGGGGGGUCCGGGCGGGGGUCUGGAGAACGGCGUGGAAGCCAAGCAGAAGACCGUGUACCAGACACUCCGAGCUCGGGAGCUGUGGAGGAAGACCCCGCUCCCGGACGGUGCGGAGGCCAUGUACUACUUCUCGGCGCUGGCCCUGACGCUGAACGAGCCUGAGGACGGCGUGGCGCCCACGGACAGCCGCCGGAGGCCCGACCAGAGGCUGAUGGAGGCCGGGCGCUGGGAGCAGGCCAACGCCGAGAAGCAGAGGAUGGAGGAGAAGCAGCGCACCGUGCGGAGGGAGAGAGAGAGGGAGCGGGAGGCCGCCCAAACCGCCAACCCCCCCGAGGAGGCUUUCACUGAGGGCUCCAUUACUGACUCCACUCUGAAAAGCACCCACCAGGACAGCCACAAGGCGCUGUGGUUUGAGCGGACCGAGGACCUGGUCACCGGCGAAAGUGUGCACAUCUACAACGGCGGUUACUGGGAAGCCAAGGACCAAGGCACCUGGGAGGCCUGCCCUGAUAUAUUUUGAUGUCAUGGCCUCUGGGCGAGAUCUGCUCAGGACCGUCAGCCUUCUCCCCGCCCGCAGCUGUGUUUCUCUCUAACUUACUCUCUACUCGAACCGAACCGGUCCUGUGGGACGAAUGCUUCCUGGUUUUAAAGGGGGACGGUAGACGGAUCUGCCUUGGAGAAGCGGAGUGAAUGCGUGUAUUUAUGUCUAACCAGAUCCUAAGACGCGGCGGUGUCUAGUUACGGACAGCGUAGCUUGAAAAGGCUGCUCCUGCAGUCCCCGUAUGAGGUAUCUGUCGCAGUAGUGUGUAGAAUAUGUUGCCAUUCCAGCCGGCGGCAGGGCUGUGCAUGUACAUGACCGAGACGGAGCAGUUCUGUGAUCAGGCCAUCGUGGCGAUAGGUUGAACGAUCCACUGCAGAACUUUGAAUUUCUGCAACUAAGUGGACAUUGGUUGGGCUAUUAAUGGGCUGUAUUGAUGUGAAUUUUGAUAUUUGCAUAACUGCAAUGGAAGCCGGGAGUGUACUAUGUCGAAUCCUGUCCAAUGGGCUCAGAGACUGAUAAAUGUGUAUCCCUCCAGUAGCCGUGUGACCUUACGAAAGGUCAUAGCAGUUGCGGAAAAUGGUUAUUUACAGUUUUAGUCUCUCCGUUUGCUUACACGUCAUCUGCGUUUUCUCUGUAGUCAUCGCAAAUGUUAGCUGUUAUAAGUUAAUUAAAAUGUUUAUGUCCUGUAUUGUUUUCCGGAGUUUGGAGAGGGAGAUCAUCUUGGGUUAACGAAGGGGUCUCCUCUCUGUGUCUCUGUGUUGGUCACCAUAAUCUGACCUGCACAGUCUCCUUCUAUGUGUGCCUAAUGUUGCUGUUGCACCUUUCUCAAAGACGGCCGGUUUGUAACUGAUAAAAUGUAGACCAAAGAAAGAAAGGUGCAUUAUUGAAUAUUGGAUCUUCAUAACUGUUUGAAUAUCCUGGCUUUAGUGUGAAUUUGGCUUUUGCAGGAGUGUUUAGAGAAACAGUGGCUACAGAGAGCUGUGGUUCAUCCGGGGGGGAAAGGGCAACAGUGGUUCAUGGGUUUGCAUCCCCUGUUUUUCUAGAAGGGACAAUAUCUAUAAAAGUGAUUGAUUCUGUUAUUUGGAUCUAUAAAUAUUCAUUGUGUCCAGAAAUAAUUUAUUUGUUACAAAAUCCAAUGUUUUAUUUUCAAGUGUACUUAAAUAUCAAUAAUAAAGAAACCAAGGCUGCACCUCUCAUGAGUAUUGAAAAUAGUCUGGUUUAUUUAUCAGAUAAAACAAUGGUAAUAAUGGAGUUGAAAUGUAAUUGAAGUUAUGAAUAUAAUUUGUUUGAUAAUCAGAAGUGGUGGGACGUGUGAUCACUAUCCCACUUUAAUACAAAAUGAAUGUUAUUUUGUUCAAGGGUGGUGAUGGUGAUUUAAAACUAAUAUUUCAAUUCUGAUUUCUUUUUUUGUUCUGUUUGUGCCAAAAUGUGUGCUGAGUUUCUUCACAAGGAGUUGGAUUUGAUGAACUGGAUCAUUCAGCUUUUACUGUUUGAUCAAGAGGGCCACCGGUUUCUACCAAAUUCAUUUUGUGGAAGGUUCUGCUCUGUAUAAAUUCUCUGGAAGUGGAUAACUUGUUCUCAUUCAAAUAAAGGAAACUAAAGGGAAAAAAC